UCAGCUGCCUUUAAUUGCUGACUGCUCUCAGUCCCACUGCAGAGAUUUGUGUAUUUGUAUCUGCAUCCCAUAACUAUAACCUACCCUUGCUCCCUUGGUCAAAACAGGCUGAGGUGCUGAUAGCAACAAAGGGAGUUAACUCAUCCUUGGCUGAUGUAUAGUCUGGGAGAUGUAGGGAGAAAGAGAGAACAAAAGGGGGCCACACAAAUACAGAUCAGGCCAAAAGAGAGUUAUGCUUUCAGAAAGUUUAAGGAUUUAAAUGAGGGGAAUUAGGACAUACUGAAAAUGUGUGUCUGUAUGCACUCCCUCUACCUUGCAGUAGAAGUGCAGUGAUCCUUUCCAGGAGGCUUAGAGGUGUUUUGUUUGUGACCCCCUCCAAACCGAUGAAGAGAUGAGCGCUUGGGGAGGAGCUGCUGCAGUGCCUCGGUCUGUGAAAUGUUGCUGACAGCAGUGUUGUUGUCUGAUCCACAGGUCCAGAAGAUGGCAUAGGAACAUCACUGCCUUCCAGAGAGCCGGGGUCCUUUCUCGCCUCUGCACUUGGACUGCUCUGAAGCUUUUGUUUCUGGACCGAAGAAACCUGUGAGCUGCUUGCCCUGCAAACCUUUCUCUCCUAAUUCAUGAGCCAGCAGGAUGUGGUCGCUGUGCUUUCAGAACGGCUUCUCAUAGCUGCGUACAAAGGCCAAGUGGAUAAUGUGGUGCAGCUUAUCAACAAGGGUGCCAAGGUAGCAGUUACCAAGCAUGGCCGGACCCCCCUUCAUCUUGCUGCCCAUAAGGGUCAUCUCCAUGUUGUCCAGAUCUUGUUGAAAGCAGGUUGUGACUUGGAUAUUCAGGAUGAUGGGGAUCAGACAGCAUUGCACCGGGCUGCUGUUGUAGGGAACACCGAUGUCAUAGCAUCUCUCAUUCAAGAAGGGUGUGCUUUGGACAGACAAGACAAGGAUGGGAAUACUGCUCUUCAUGAAGCUUGUUGGCAUGGGUUCAGCCAAUCUGCCAAAGUGCUCGUCAAGGCAGGAGCUAAUGUCCUUGCCAAGAACAAGGCAGGUAACACACCUCUGCACCUGGCCUGCCAGAACAGCCAUUCCCAGAGCACUCGUGUCUUACUUCUCGGAGGUUCUCGAGCAGAUCUCAAGAAUAACGCAGGAGAUACCUGUCUGCAUGUGGCUGCUCGUUACAAUCACUUGCCCAUCGUUAGGGUGCUGCUCAGUGCUUUCUGUUCUGUCCAUGAAAAGAACCAGGCAGGAGACACUGCACUUCACGUGGCUGCGGCCCUGAACCACAGGAAGGUGGUAAAGCUGCUGCUGGAGGCAGGGGCUGAUACAUCAGUUGUCAACAAUGCAGGUCAGACCCCACUAGAGGUGGCCAGACAGCACAACAACCCCGAGGUUGCACUCCUCCUCACUAAAGCUUCACAGGUCUCGCGCUUCAACCGUGGAAGAAGCCUGAGGAAGAAGAGGGAGAAGCUGAAGGAGGAAAGGCGAGCUCAGUCGGUACCACGGGAUGAAGUGGUGCAGAGCAAGGGCAGUGUCUCAGCUGCUGACGACACACAGAGCAGCGACCAGCCAGUGCAGGGGAAAACUGAGCUGAAGGAUGAGCCUCGGUCAACCUCCCCAGAUCUCAAGGGGAAGAAGAACAAAAAGAAAAAGCCAAAAGAGAAGGUUUCUGCGCUCUCAGACCCCAUUUCCCCAGCUGACCAGCAGACACUCCCUCGGCCCCAGCAGAACUUGCCCAAACGCAGAAGCAGACAUCACUGCUCCUCUCCCCCUGCUCCCCACGAGGUGCGGGCCUACCAGCUGUACACCCUGUACCGGGGGAAGGACGGGAAGGUGAUGCAGGCACCAAUAAAUGGAUGUCGUUGUGAGCCCCUGAUAAAUAAACUGGAGAAUCAGUUGGAGGCAACCGUGGAGGAGAUAAAAGCUGAGUUUGGGACUGUACAAGAUAAGAUGAAUAUUAAGCUGGGCCAGAUGGAAAGCAAAACUCAACAUCAACUCCGUGUUUUAGACAAGCUUAUGGCCGAGCGGCUGUCUGCAGAGAGAACAGAGUGCCUUCAUCGCCUGCAGCAGCACACCGAGCUGGAAAAAACAGAGGGAGAAAAGCGGCAGAUUUCCUUGGUCGAUGAGCUGAAGACUUGGUGCAUGCUGAAGAUCCAGAAUCUGGAACUCAAGCUUUCUGGAGAUUCCAGGUCAUCAAGACCAAAAUCAACUCUGUCCACAUGCGAGUCUCUGACCGAGACACUGGACACUGAGAACAACCCCCAUAGUGCCAAGGAUUCCAGAGCCACCCAGCCCCUGCUGCCAGCUGAGGGCUCCCACCAGCACUCCUACAUGGCGCUCCCAAACAGCCUCUUGGAAGAUGGGGGGAGAAGCAGAGUCCCAGUGCCAGAGCAGAGCUUUGCACAGCAAUUCUGCAUUCAACAAGAUGGCACCUCAGGUGCAGAGCAACAGUUAAUUGUUGCUGGACCAGUACAAUCUUCAGUCCCUGCUCAAGAUGUCAGGCCAAAGGACAAAGCCGUUAGUGCCAGCACAUUCCAUAGGUUCCAGCAGGAGCUGCCCUCCUCUGAACUUUUGGGGUCCAAAUCAAGACAUGUUCGGGUUCAAGCUGCUUUGCAGCCCUUGACCGAACCUGCAAAGACAGAACCACAGAGCUGCUACUUCCUCAACAAAGGAACUCAGACAAAGAAAUCCAGCAAGAGUGGGCAGUCAAGGCACAAAGCUCUGCACCACGCAGGGGCGCCCCAGAGCCAGGAGCAGCAGCACUCCGUUCUGCCUGUAGGCCAGUCACCGGGCCCCGCGCUCAGAGACACCUCACAGGCACUGGAGAUUACACAGUACUUCUUCGAGGCUGUUUCCACUCAGAUGGAGAAGUGGUAUGAACGGAAGAUUGAAGAAGCCAGGUGCCAAGCUAAUCAGAAAGCACAGCAGGACAAAGCUGCGCUUAAGGAACAUAUCAAAAGCUUGGAAGAGGAGCUCAGUAAAUUAAGGACUAAGAUGCAGAAAGAAAGCUAGCAUUCACCAAGCAGGCCAAGUCAAGCAGCAGGACUCGUUUUGGAACCUGCACAGGAAUCUGGAGUAUCAAUACAUAUUGAUACAUAUUUGUAGUGCCUGAUACACCCAAGCAAAAUGCUCUUUUUUGGGGGGGGAGUAGAAAUAACUUUGAAAACUCCAGAACCAAGGAGACUUCAUACUCAGACCAUACCGAUGACACUGAGAUGCUGCAAAUGAGAUUUCUUUGUUAUUUCCCAGAGCCCGUUAAUUAUCGCACUCUCAAUUUUCAGGUGCUGCUUGGAAACAAAUUGCAUUAAAAACCAAAAUUGCUUUCAGAAAAAGGGAAUUUUCUUAUUUCCACAUAGGUCAUAUGUGACUGGGUUCCACUACGUGCUACAUGUAAAUGUGGUACUGAUACUAAAAUCAAUCCAGCAGGUCGAGAUCUUUCGACUUGGUCAGAAGUGAUUCCUCAGUGAUGAAGGGCUAUUGAUAUUACUUCAGAUACUUCCCAGGGCCUUUGGAGAGAUAUUACAGAACCAACUCACUUUACAAGCGUAAUGCAGGGGAAUGAUGCAGGUUUCCUGCUGGAGAGACCAAACUCCCAUUGUGUGAGACAUCAAGGUGAGUUGUCAUGUUUAGUAGGCUUCUGUUGUCAUGUUGCUUUUCUUUUGGUUUACAUUAUUAAAGCAAAUGCUAAAUUAGGCUGUUCUACUGGUAUCAUACUGGCAGAGCUCCCUGGGUUGGUUACACUGUUUGUUGGAGGAGUUUUGUUUAGGGCAUGGAUGACAAGAUACUUCACUGUAACUAUGCUGUACUUGUUAUGCAUAAUUGUUACAGAAAUUUCUUUUCCUUCAAGCAGCAAAUGUCUGAAUUCUGUAUUAACACUGAAGAACUCUGAAAGAAGUCCUUUAUCUAGAGAGGUGAAUGCUUGGUUCCCUGUAUGCACGUUUCUUUUCUGAAAGGUCAGGAUUUUCUCCCAUAGUCUUUGUCAAGACUUUCUGCCCUUGUUCCUCUCAAUGAUUCCGCUCUUUUUUUCCUCUUGUAUCUUUAAAGCUGGGCCCUGGUGGAUCUGCAGAUCAUAGGACUGAUUUCAAAGUUUCACAAAAUAGAACUCAACAAUGUUUUUAAAUGUUUAUGGAUGUUUUGCAACAACAACAAAAAUAAAUGAACAAAUUUGCAAUGACUGCUUUUGGCCAAGCCGAUGGCCUCCAACUUGUAAUUCACACUGUCAUUUUCAAUUGGGUUGACUAAAUUCAUCAUCUGUAUCUGAGUCCUGGUGUACUAUAAACUGGUGUUGCAUAAACUAGAGACACCAUGAACUCAUACCUGCAUCCCCGUGGGGUUUCCUCCUCAUGCCUCUGGGAAGGUUCCAUCAGAUUCUCUUGAGAUGAGUUUACUGAGUAUGUCACAGUGGAACAAUUGUACAAAACCAAUUCUGAAACAAGAUGUUACUAUUAUGCCACGGACAAAAUAAGUUGUUUUUUUUCUAUACUGUGGAGCCCUAAAAACAAUACAAAAUUCAGUAUUGAUGAUACCAUUAACAAAUCAGUAAUUAAGCUUUUUGUCAUCUUAGCAGAUGUAUAAAGCAAAGAAAAAUUGUAUCAUAUAACAAUAUUUUAAAAAAAUUCCUCUUAAUGCACUAUCAAGACAAGUGUACGUGUAUUAUGGAAACACUAGUUUGAUUGCUCUGACUUCCAUAGUCAUAUAGACACUUUCAUAUGUUUACAAUUUUGUUUAAGCUACUGUAGAAACACAGAAGCAUGCUAUUUAAGUUUUAUAUCGCCUUGAUAAAGUGACUGUUUUGCCAAGUAAUUAAAAUAAAUGUUGCUCAGAA